UACUGUCAUUAUAUAUACUGUACAUUAUAUAUACUGUCAAUUACUUGAACCAAUAAAAAACUCUUUCCCUGCAGUUGAUCCAGUUCCUGGUGUCUCUCGUCCAGUCCAACCGGGUCCUGGGAGUCAAGAGGAAGAUUCCUCUGAUGCUGAAUGACUCUAGCUCUACCCACUCUGUGCCUAAAUACAGUCGGCCGUUCUCAUUGGAGCACAUGCAGGCUGCAGCCAGUCUGUUCUCAGCUGACUCCCCAGUGAAUUCUGGACCAAUAAUCUCUGACAUCACAGAGGUGGCCACGCCCACAGCUGAGGAUGUGGUCAGUGAUUGGACAGAUGCGGGAGAGAGCCAAUCAGUCAACGUCAAACAGGAACCAUCCAGUCCUGAUGUGGAAGUGUGUUCUUCUCUGGAGGGCGGCGCUUUACCUGUAGACACGCCGCUCUCACCCACCACCUUUAUAAACUCCAUCCUACAGGACAGUGAGACGCAGCUGACCCCAAAUACCUCCAUCACCAAUCCUUCAACAGCCAGUCCAAUCGUUGUGGUGAGCCCUGCUUCCACUGGGCCCCUCCCACCAACCCCAGCCAGCCAAUCACCUGCUUCCGUUCCCACCCCAGAUACUGCCCCCAGCCCCUCCAAAACUCAGCAGAAAUGUCAGACCAUCGCCUGUAUUGACAGACCCCGCCCCCCUCCCUCUGCAGGUGGAGUCUCACCUGACGUUUGGCGCUUCUUAUCAACACGAUCUGACAAGUCAGAACUGUCUGAUCAUGUGGACAGUAUUGACAACAGUCUAGAAAACCUGCAGAGCAUCCUGAACACACAAACCUUCACCUUUGACACUUCCCCACUCAUGGAGUUCUUCAGUUCGUCCUGUCCAUCGGGAGACUUUGACCUCGACAGUUUGGAUACUCUACUUUCUGAAGAAGUCCCUAAAGGAAGUGAUGAAAGCACCGCCAACCACACAGGGAAGCAGCUGGUGCAUUACACGGCCACACCAGUCCUGAUGUCUGAACCAAUCAGCUUGGGGGAGGGUGGAGUCGACCUGCCCUCCCUGCUGGAGCUGGAGGCGGAGCCUUUCUUCAGCACUGACCCGCCCACCGAUGACCCAGCCGCCCUGCUAAGCCACGCCCACCUGGACUCUGACCUUUGACCUCUUUAGAGGGGGCAGGGACAUAGAAUGUGAUUUAUCUGUCACCAUAGCAACGGGACAGUCUGAGUGCUGACUCAGCAGCAGCAAUAGAUGAUGAAAUCAAUCGAUCAGCUGUAGAUCAAUCAGUAGGUCAAAGGUCAUGUUUUUAUUAUGCAGUCGAUAUUAACAGUUUAUAUACCUGUGUCUUCUUCUACUCUUUUUAUUUUAGCUGUCUUUGCUGCUUUAAUGAAACGUUCUCAGAGAACAGAGUCAACCUGCUCUCAGGUGUGACAGGAUCAUGUGACCCAGCUGUUCUCUGUGUUCUGCAUGAUGAUUGGUUGUUUAAGAUGUAGAAGAUGAACAGAAUCUUAUCUAAAUAUUUUUGGAAGAGUUUAUUAUGAAUGAGUGUUUAUUGUCCCCCAAUGACCCCUGUUACCAUAGAGAUGCAUUUAUUUGACCUGUUGGAUAAAUAUCAGUUCAGGUUAAUCAGAUCAGGUAUCAGCCACGAUUCCGCAUUAAGUGAAUCAUCAGAGAGAGAGAGACAGACAGACAGACAGAUAGACAGAGAGAGAGACAGACAGACAGACAGCGAGAGAGAGACAGACAGAUAGACACAGAGAGAGAGGCAGACAGACAGACAGACAAAGAGAGAGAGAGAGAGACAGAGAGACACAGAGAGAGAGACAGACAGACAGACAGAGAGAGAGACAUAGACAGAGAGAGAGGCAGACAGACAGACGGUGUGUGCACAGUGAUGAUAAGAGUUCCUCUUAAAAUGACGGACAGAAGAUCAAUAUUUAAACAUCACAUCUGGCUGUUGAUUGGUUGAUCAGAACUGAUUCACAAACAGGAAGCUGCCCUUCAGUAUAAAGCGUUUGUCAUUACCAUGUUUACUUUGGUAAUGUUUAAAUUUAAACGUUAAUGAAAUGUGUUUGACCCACCUGACAGCGCUCCACCUGCCGGGGAGAGAGGGAUUGUGGGAAAUAAAGACGGGGGUCAAAGGUCAGAUAAAAUGUUGAAAACACUUCAGUUGAAUAAAACCUUUUAAACCAA